AUGACAAUUCGUGGCAAAUUCUUGGUCUUGGGCGUAGUACUGGCGAUAACGUUCGUGAGUGCACAAGAAGAAAUUCAUGAAGCGAUCACUUAUCCUGACUACGGUCUCUCUGUCAUGGAGAUCAUCAGAGCCCGUGGUUUUAGCGUUGAGGAGCAUAAAGUUACAACUUCAGAUAACUAUAUCUUGACCAUGUAUCGUUUGCCCAGGACGUACGAGGAAAGUCAGAGGAAUAGUACAAUCGCAACUGACAAAUCUCCCGUAUAUUUAAUCCACGGACUGCUCGAUAGUAGCUUCACAUUCGUAUGCAACUUUCGCAAUCAAAGUUUGGCUUAUAUUUUAGCUGAUGCUGGCUAUGACGUCUGGCUUGGUAAUAAUCGCGGGACGACGUGGUCAAGUCAGCACUUGACAUAUCCUACCGAAAGCGAUGAAUUUUGGAAUUUCUCAUGGCAAGAAAUGGCAUUAUACGACAUGCCUGCAAUGAUCAACUACGUCUUGAACGUAACAGGUCAGUCGAUGUUGAGUUAUGUUGGACACUCGGAAGGGACCAUGCAAGCGUUCGCUGGGUUUUCAGUCAACCAGCACUUAGCCAAAAAAGUCUCUUACUUUGGUGCACUUGGGCCCGUCGCAUACGUUGGCCAUAUCAUAUCGCCAAUCUUUAAGCUAAUGGCCACUUCGCACUUGGAUUUCUUUUAUACCAUGCUAGGCAUUCGGAGUUAUGGAGCAUUUGACUGGAUCUUACACGGGGUAAUGACCAAGUACAAGUCACUUUUCGCUGGAAGCGCUUGUGACUCCUUUUUAAAUACGUUCUUGGGACCUUCAAACAAUGUAAACAUCUCACGCUUGCCAGUGUACCUCUCGCGAACUCCUGUACGCACUUCAGUAAAAAAUAUGGCUCAUUUCGCACAAGGCAUUCGUGAAAACACGUUUCGAUACUUCGAUUACGGGUGCAAAUGUAUAAAAGCAUUGGGAUUAGACAGGUGUCCGACAUUCCUAUGUAAGAAUAAGGAGGUCUACGGCAAAUUUGAGCCGCCAGCCUUUGAUCUAGGAGCCAUACGAUACCCCCGUAUGGGCUUUUAUAGAGGCGUUGAUGACUGGUUGGCUACUAGCAUGGACAUUUCUCAACUUCGCGCUGGUCUGAAGAACGCUACGAUUCUUACGGAUCACACCGUAAAUUAUAAUCAUCUCGACUUCACGUGGGGCUACAAUGCCAAUGCGGUUCUCUACCAAAAUCUACUGACUCAGAUUGCUAAGUACGCUAAUGUUGGCUAUGAAGCUAAGGAAUGA